AUGGACGCCCUCGUUUAUCGCAAGAACACUGUCCCUGAGCGUCAGCGUGCCCUCCAGGCCGACUCCCGUCCCGUCUUCCAGCGUCUCCCGCGCUCGAGGCUCUACAUGGGUCUUUUCAUGACCCUCUUCGGUGUCGGUAUGUACGGUACCACCGUCGGCUUCUACAACAUGGCUGUCGGCAAGAAGCGUCCUCAGGCAUAA